GGGGCGAGCUGUGGGAUGAGCUGCCACAAUGACACCAUGUGCAGUCGCGGGGAGAAGUGCUGCACCCUUGGCUGCUGUGCCCGCUGCGUGCCUGCCGAGCCAGCCAAACCUGGCCUCUGCCCACGGAAGCGUGUGCAGAGAAGCACUGCUGCCUGCCACAACCGCUGCACCGAUGACCGGGACUGCCCCGGGGACCGCAAGUGCUGCUUCUCCGGCUGUGGGCUGGCCUGCGCCCCCCCAGACAGAGGGAGCCGCCGUGCCAUAGCGAAGCCUGGCACGUGCCCCAUGGUGCUGCGGGGCUCCCUGGGACCCUGCCUGGAGCUGUGUGACACUGACAGCAACUGCCCCGGAGCCGCCAAGUGCUGCACCACAGGCUGUGGCCAUGUCUGCAAACCACCCAUCAAGGGUAAAGCCACUGAGCCCUGUGGAUCCAAGACCCCCAUGUCCCCUCCCUGCCCUAUCCCAGCUGAUGGUGACCGGGCAGCCGAGUGCCUCCUCCUGUGCCUGCAGGACAAGGAUUGUCCCCCCGGUCAGAAGUGCUGCCUUCAAGGCUGUGGCCGGGCGUGCAUCCCCCCACUGCAGGCACGGCCAGCCUGCCACAGCCAGCAGCCCGGCUUCAGCUGCCCCGUCACCCCAGGCACCCCCACCAGAGAUUUUAAACCCAACCCCGCCUCAGCUCCAGACACACACGACAUCCCCAGCAGCACCAUGAGGCCAGGGGUUUUCCUCCUCCUGGCGCUCCUUGCUCUCAGGGCAGAGCCCGGCACUGUACCAGAGGAGAAAGGCACCCUGGCUGUUGCCAUCGGCCAGGCGCUGCUGUGCCAGCGAGAGAGGAUCACUAGAAACCCGGUGCCUGCCCAGCGGCUGCCCCCGAGGGGCCCUUACCUGUGCUCCUUCCCCUGCCUGGAGGACAAGGACUGCCUGGGAGCACAGAAGUGCUGCCUGCUGGGCUGUGGCCUUGCCUGCCUGGAGCCAGUGCAGGAUAAGACUCACCAUGACAUGGCCGUGGGCCCCUCCGUGCUGUAG